UUGUGUCUGUGGCGAGGCGUUGGGAGGGCCUAGGUCGGUGUGCAGUGCCUUAGCUGGCCGGAGCUCCAGCGUCAGCCCCGCUGUGUCGCGCGGCGGCCCCGUCAGCUCCCGGGACGCACGUAUUUCAGAAGUAGUGUGGAAACCGUAGAAAACAACUUGCAGGACACAAAGGCCAGCACAGACCCUGUUUGCACCCAGCCGGUUCCCCAAACCUGAACAAUGACAGCCGAGUCGAGGGAAGCCACGGGUCUGUCCUCUCAGGCUUCACAGGAAAAGGAUGGGAUCGUCAUCGUAAAGGUGGAAGAGGAAGAUGAGGAAGAUCACAUGUGGGGGCAAGACUCCAGCCUACAGGAGAUGCCUCCUCCCGAUCCAGAGGUUUUCCGCCAGCGCUUCAGACGUUUCUGUUACCAGAACACUUUUGGGCCUCGAGAGGCUCUGAGUCGCCUGAAGGAACUUUGUCAUCAGUGGCUGCGGCCAGAAGUCAACACCAAGGAGCAGAUCCUGGAGCUGCUGGUUCUAGAGCAGUUUCUGUCCAUCCUGCCCAAGGAGCUGCAAGUCUGGCUGCAGGAAUACCGGCCCGACAGUGGGGAGGAGGCUGUGACCCUUUUGGAGGAUUUGGAGCUUGAUCUGUCAGGACAGCAGGUACCAGGUCAAGUUCAUGGGCCUGAGAUGCUCGCCAGGGGGGUGGUGCCUCUGGAUCCAGUUCAUGAGUCCUCGAGCUUUGACCGUCAUGAAGCCACCCAGUCUCAUUUCAAACAUUCAUCUCGGAAACCUCGCCUCCUGCAGUCCCGAGCUUUCCCUGCUACCCAUGUUCCUGCCCCUCAUCACGAGGGGAGUCCCAGAGACCAGGCGAUGGCAUCUGCACUAUUGACAGCAGAUUCCCAGGCAAUGGUGAAGAUCGAGGACAUGGCCGUGUCCCUCAUCCUGGAGGAAUGGGGAUGUCAGAACCUGGCUCGGAGAAAUCUCAAUAGGGACAGCAGGCAGGAGAAUAUGGGGAAUGUGUUUUCCCAGGGUUCUGAAAAAAGGGACGGGAAUGAGGAGUCAACUUCAAAAGCUGAAGUCACAGAAGAUUCCACAUCACAUGGGGACACAGCAGGAAGAUUCCAGAAAGAAUUUGGAGAGAAACAUGAACAACCGGGCAGAGCAGCUGAGAGGCAGCAAAGAAACCCUGAGGAGAAAACUGGCAAAGAGAAGAAGGAUUCUGGACCAGCUGCAGCCAAGGAAAAAAAACCCACCACAGGCGAGAGAGGCCCAAGGGAGAAGGGCAAAGGUUUGGGAAGAAGCUUCAGUCUGAGUUCAAACUUUAGUAAUGCCCCUGAAGAGGUUCCAACAGGAGCAAAGACUCACAGAUGCGAUGAAUGUGGGAAAUGCUUCACAAGAAGCUCCAGCCUUAUCCGCCAUAAAAUCAUCCACACUGGAGAAAAGCCCUAUGAAUGUAGUGAGUGUGGGAAAGCCUUCAGUCUCAAUUCAAACCUUGUCCUGCAUCAGCGAAUCCACACAGGAGAGAAACCUCAUGAAUGUAACGAGUGUGGCAAAGCCUUCAGUCACAGCUCAAAUCUCAUCCUGCACCAGCGCAUCCACUCUGGAGAGAAGCCCUACGAAUGUAACGAGUGUGGGAAAGCCUUCAGCCAGAGCUCAGACCUCACAAAGCACCAGAGAAUCCACACAGGGGAGAAGCCCUAUGAAUGUAGUGAGUGUGGAAAAGCUUUCAACCGAAACUCAUACCUUAUUUUGCAUCGGAGAAUUCACACCCGAGAAAAGCCCUACAAGUGCACUAAGUGUGGCAAGGCCUUCACCCGGAGCUCAACUCUCACACUGCACCACAGAAUCCAUGCCAGAGAGAGAGCCUCAGAGUACAGCCCAGCCUCCCUCGAUGCAUUUGGAGCAUUCCUGAAAAGCUGUGUGUAAAGCAAAAGUGUUUCAUCAAGCCGUUUCCCCUUUCUAUUUCUAAAAUUAUGUCAAAGAUGUGUGCCCAUGGAAGGAAAAGUAAUGCCCUCCACAAAUUGAUUUAGAAGUCACACUUAGGGAUCCUUAGAGCUACAUCAGCAGUGUUCUGCUGGCUUGUCAUCUGUAGGCAUGUAAUUCUUCCACAUAGCCUCUACAAGGGAAAGCUGGUCAUACAGAUAAUCUUCAGGAUAUUUCCACACAAGAUAAAAGCACACAAAAUGUCAGGUUUUCCGGUAAAGAGGAUACCUUUGAGGCACUGUCUGCAACCUCAGCAUGUAGUUGUCAGAUCAAAAUUGACUCUGACUAUGAAACUGAGAUUAAGAAGGCACUUGCUGCAAUAGGCGGUACUUAGCCAACCACUUAAUUCUCAAUGAAGAGGGACAGUUAGUACAAAAACUAGGGAGUGUUGCUUGAGCUAGUUAUGUAUUCAGGAGGUUGUAUAUCUGAUCGCUGGUAGCCUACCAAAGCUAUAGAAAUCUAGAACUGUGCUGAUUAGUACCAAACCAAAGAUUUCUUUCUCUUCCUGAAAGAGAGGCUGUAUGCAGCAGUCUGCACUUCCAAAGGACUAUAACAUGUGGAUGGCUCUCUUCAUCAGUGAGAUUAGUUCUACUGAAAUAGCAACAAUUCAAAACACUUUUCUCCCUUUGUAGUCCCUAAAGCACUCCAGCGCUCCUAAAUGCAUUUCUCCACAAGUUAGCACUUGAUUGUAUACAUCUUUAAUCCUUCAUCGUUCCAUGUAUGAAAAACUUCUGUCAAACAAUCCCCCAAAAGAGAGGGAGAGAUGCUUCAGUUGUCAAGGAAUCAUAGUUAUGUUCCUGACAGCACAGCCCUGGACAUAGUGCCAGGCACACAGGAGGCACUCCUUGUGACUGACUUCUAACAGGACUUUAUUUAAUAAAACCCUGAAUUGUGAGUACCUGAAAUACAGGACCUUCAGAUCUAUAGGGCAUGCUAAACUUACUCUAGGGUUCAUGUUAUUUUUAUCCUAAAUGUAAACAAAAGCCUGGUUGGCUGCCUGCAUAGACUCUUCAAACAUGAACCACAGAAUGUCAGAAAUGACUCGUCAUCAACUUAGAAAGAAAAAUAUAUACACUGAAGGGGGUUUUUUUCUGUUUUGUUUUCUUUGUUUUUACGUCAUUCCAUGGCAAAUCCCUUAGCCAGAAUUCUUUACAGUCAGUUGCUGAACAGUGGUGUUUUAGGCACUUGCUGAAUCAUUUGAAACUUAGCUAAUGUAGUUCAAAAGAUGUGAUUUUUAUUUUUUACUGCUUCUUGGAAAAAGUUACUCGGAGCAUUUUUCUCCACACUUGAGCAGAAACUGCAGAAGUAUCACUGUUAGCCGACAGUCACCCAAAAGGUCCAUCGUUGCUCUGGGAAGUCGACUGCCAUGCCGUGCUGUAGGUGUUGUGUCAUAGUAUUUAAUGGCACACAGUAGCUUUCUCCUUUCUCAUUAAAGACUGAUAAUGAGGUUAGGGGACUGGUCUUUCAUACCAUCUCUGCAGGUAGCUCCCCAGAAGCUCCUGAUGGAGACUGACACAUACAGAAGACCCAGACGUCAUGGACUACGUAGGUGUUUAGGGCUUGGCCCAAGACAGCUCUGUUCAUGGAAGUGUUCAGAUAGUCGUGGACAGCCCUGCAGAACCCUAGAAAAAUAAGCUAAAGACAAACUUGAAGACUGUCAGCGUGAAUACCCCACAUACAGUUUGUGACUUCCCCUCAAUAAACAACUAAAACCAGUUUGCACCAGUUGUUCACUGACCAACAGUGAAAGUCUAUGAGACAUCAUAGCAAGUCUGAGGAGGUUGGGGCCUGAGUGGCCACUAGAAUCCUGCACAACAGUCAUUCUUCGGCCCCGCUUGGACUUUAUUACUUGGACCAACCACACAUUCCUGAUGGCAUCCAGUUUCCUCAGCAUGGCCCAAGAGUAUUUCUAGCCACUCAACUGCAGUCAACAAGCAGAUAUUCUGAAGGUUAUACCUAAUUCACUUUCUGGAUUGAAGUAAUUAGGUAUUUUGGAGGUAUAAAUGUUUAAAGGAUAUUCCUAAAGGAAUGAGUCAUGGUUAUGACUGUAGACAGUUGCUGGUGCUUUUGUGAGAACUUAGCCUACUGGAAAGCAACUGGAAUGAGGUGCAGGCUCCAGGAGCCCAUCCAAACACUUCCUCUGAUCCCAAGAAAGAAAGAAAUUGGUUCAGUUCCUCAGUGGCUGCUUGUGCACACAGCUGCAUGCUGAUGCGCUUCAGCCACCACUCUGGGCUUUGUUUUUAAAUGAAAAGACAGACCUGAGUCUCCACACACCGUUUUGUUCCCGUUUUAUUGGGGCAUUGUACUGACUUUAUCAGCUAGCCACUGUGGUGGCUUCAGAUCUUCUGCAGACGCACUCCCAAAGGCAGCCUUUGAAGAUGUGUUUUCCUCAGAAAACAAGCUAUAGCUGGUCAUUACAACCAUUUAUAUUUGUAUUCAUUUUUCAGAUGCUCAGCACACUGUCACUGGGUCAUGGCCAGAAAGGCUGACACCUCAUGUAGUGCUCAGGCUAGUCAUUUAGAAGUUUUUAACCGGCUGACGUCUUAACACUCUUAAGUACUUCUAGUUAACCAUUAGCAUGCUACCCGACCUAAUGGAACUUUUUUUUUGAAGAUUUUUUUAAAUGUACUUUAACCUUGUGACAAAGAGAAGUCCAGUUCUUCAGAUUUGGGGAAUUUCUUUGUACUGCAGCCUGGUAGGCAAGGCUAAGCACAGAUGUGUGAGACAACUUGCUGUGUAAGGCACUUAAUAGUAAAGGUGUAAACGUGAAACUGCUGAAUGUGUGUAGAGACACUGACAUGUCUGAUAUGUGGGACAAUCCACACCUCAUAUAUGUCAGAACACUUAUCCAGAAUGGCUCCUCUUUCUGAGUGUGAUAAGUUUGGCAAAGCCUUGGCUCACACCUCAGCCCUUAGCAUCAGAAAACUUAUGCUGUAAAUAAAUAUUAAUAUAUGUGAGGAAACCUUUAAUGUAUAGCACUCGUUGCUUUGGACAGAAAAUUCCCUUGGUAUGUUCUGGAAACACUGCAGAGAAGGCUCAAUCUUAACUCCAGAGGAUCCAAAGAGAAAACAAGUGUGGGGAAAUGCUAAAGAAAUAGCGAAAAUGUACAACUUCUUAAAAAAAAUAGUUCAUGUUGGGUACCUCUUAAAUAUUUUGUAAGGCCAUAAUGUCAGUGUGUCUUGUACCUCAACCCUCCUGUUACUCUGUAUAUUUCUUGUAAAGGUGUUUCAGUCUGUUUGACAGAACCCAUCACUCAAAAGAGUCAAAUUUUAGAGUUUUUAAGCAUUUGGUGUGUGCCAGGCAUGAUGGUGCACGCCUUUAGUCCCAGCACUUGGGGAGGCAGAGGCAAGCCGAUUUCUGUGAGUUCAAGGCCAGCCUGGUCUACAUAGUGAGUUCCAGGACAGCUGGGGCUACCUCAGAAAAAAAAAAAAGAAUUUGGUGUGGUUAUAAACAACCAGUUCACAGAACUGAGGGUAGGGGAAAGGCUUUGUAGUUUGGUGCUUACUAAAUAGAAAAGUUGGUGAGGAGAGGCAGGUUAACAGGAUACUGAAGUGGAGUAACGUGUAAACACCUACCACCUCUGAGCUGCUGGGUCUCUAUCAGGUGAAAGGAAUGGAUGGAUUCUGAGCUUGGUGGUGGGAGGAGGGUCCUCUCCAUUGUUAGUAUAUGGGGGGCACAAUAAAUGGAGCAUAGGAAGUGGAACCACUUAACCUGCCCAGAUUCCGUCCUAUUUUCCCACUUAAGUCUUCUGUGCUUAGAGAAGUUGGGAUGUAAACACCAGUAAGAGUGUUUCCCAGGAAACUCACAGGUCAUGCACCAAGGCACCCAAGGAUGGCUCAAGAAGCAGCAGGGCUCGCUUUGGCUUCACCCCUAGGUCCCAUCCUUGCUCCCUCUUCUUCCUUCUUCUCUGGUGUAUAAUAACUAGGAGACACAGAAUUUCCGUAGUUGUGAUUAUUUGAUGAUUGAAGUUUUUUAUCCUAGAAUCUGUCACCUUUAUUUCUAACAGCUGAUCUGUUUAUCCAAAGGCAACUUAACCAGGUUCAAAGACUGAUUUUUGUCAUUUGGAGUGACGAUAUUGAAACACAACAGCAAACUUGUCAAAAGAACCCUAUUUUCUGUACAUCCCACUCUGAGUGGCUUCUCAGAUAAUUUAUGAAGGAGGCUAGGAAUGUGGCUCAUUGGCAAAGUACCCUGCCUAGCAUGCAUGGAGCCCUAGGUUCUAUCCCCAGCAAUAAUCAACUGGACACCAUGGGGUAUGCCCUAGGAGGUAGAUGCAAGUAGAUCAGGAGUUUAGGGUCAUCCUCAGGUGCAUAGUAAGCUUGAGGCCAGCCUGGGCUACAUGAGACCCUAUCUUGAAAAACAACGUAUGUAUAUAUUUAUGAGAGACAGGCAUGGUGGUGCAGGCCUUUAAUCCCAGCACUCAGGAGGCUGAGGUAGGAUGGUCGUAAGUUCACAGCCCCCUGGCCUAUAUGAUAAAACCCUGUCCUGAAAAUUUUUAGGAAGAGUGUUGGAAUCCUCCCAUUUAGGGAAACAGGUUUGCAAAUUGAAUGAAAUGAAGAACCAGAAAGUCACGCUUGUGGUAUAAAUAGGUCACUUUGUAGAAGUUAGGGUAGAUUUUUAUUUCAACUACUACUGGAGAUUUAAUGAACAUUAUUGUUUGUAAAGUUUUCCUAAUGUAGAUCUAGGUUUUGUUUUUAGUGUGGACACACUACUGUACAUUUAAAAGCAGUUACUUAUUUUGCUAUUGAGAUUAAUUUUUUUAUUGUAUCUGAAAAUGAAAUUAUCUGUUUUGCUUUUCAAAGCUUUGUAAACAAACUUGAAGUUCUAGGGGAGGUAAGCCAUCUCCAAUCCUGCAGGUCAAACAAAACUGUGGGAAAUCCUUCAACAGCCAAUAAUGCAGAAUGUAUUUAACAUGAGAACUGAGUUUCCCACUGUCUGGUUCUGUUUCCUAGUGGACACCAUCAAUCUCAUAGUUUUCUCUGUUAUUCUAAACAGUGGAAAGGAGAGAGUGAACAUUAGCUAAACCAUGGUCCCAGAGGGAAAAAUAAAAAAAAUAAGUAAACCGUG